UCCACCUUCCCAUCUCAUAUACUCACACGUGUACAAAAUCAAAUAGAAUUUAAAACUGAAGAUGAGACAAAUGCCCUUUUCCCCCCUCUGUGUUCCACUUACAGUUUCAGUUUGAUGCUUUACGACUUUUCUCUGUUGCUCAUUCUUCAGUCUAAAAUACUCAGUGGUGUCUUCCUGGAGUCCGUCCCCUUUUGUCUUCCGGGGAGGGUGAACUGAGCAAAAGGAAGCCUGACUGCAGGGGAAGAGAUGAGUAUCUGAACCGCGGGGGAAGGGAGCAGAGAAUAUCUGGGUUCCUGCUGCAGCAUGCUGUAGUUUGUCAUAUAGGACUUUACUUCCAUCUGAUGGGACUUGGUACAUGUGACAUGUUCCUCACCUCUUCCUGUGACUGUUCUUUGUGUUAUUAAUCUUUACAAGUGCAGAGUGGUGGUUUGGAUGGAGUAGUGCAAACUUCCCAGCUGAGAGUCAACUCGGUCCUUGAAAGCUCUUCUGUGGUGGUUGAAGCGAGAUAUGAGAUUCCUCACACUGGUAUCGCCUUGCCGUCUCUGAGUCAUCUGAAAUCAACGACCCCACACCAGCUGACCACCAUGAAUGCCUCAGCGCUGUCAUCCACCAACAACACCACCCCGCUCUGCUACUCAAUCAACAGCCCUCCAUUUGGGUACCAACCCACCAUCGCCUCGGCCUACUUCUCAUGCAUCUUUGGCACUCUGGGCAUCAGCUCUAAUCUCGUUGCCCUCGUAGUUCUCCUCAAGUCCUUCCGACGGACACAUAGCCGCUCACGCUCCUUCCUGAUCUUCCUGGGUGGCCUGGUGGUCACUGACACCAUGGGUCUUCUGGUCACCGGCUCCAUUGUGAUCUCAUUCCAUGUUACACACUUUAAUUGGCGCCAGUUAGAUCCAAACUGCCACUUCUGCAACUUCAUGGGCAUGUCCAUGGUGUUCUACGGACUGUGCCCACUGCUGCUUGGUGCUGCCAUGGCGUUGGAGCGCUUCAUUGGCAUCAACCGUCCAUUUGCGCGCACCACCAACCCACCCAAGAGCCGGACAGUCUCCAUGGUGCUGAUGGUGUGGUUGAUCGCCGGCUGCAUAGCUUUGCUGCCCCUAACGGGCAUUGGGAGCUACCACAUGCAGUUGCCUGGCUCCUGGUGUUUCUUCAACAUCAGCUCUAAAGGAAAUGACCUGGGCUUUUCCCUGCUCUUCUCUCUGGUCGGGCUGAUGUGCAUCGCUGUGUCAUUUUUGCUGAACACGGUGAGCGUUGUGACCCUGAUCAAGGUGUGCUGCGGAGAGGGCAGCACCCAGCGUCGCCGAGACCACGAAGUAGAGAUGAUGGUUCAGCUCAUCCUCAUCAUGGUCAUCGCUUCUAUCUGCUGGUGCCCCCUUCUGAUAUAUAUUCUGAGGAGCGUGGUGACUGACGAUCCUGUAAGAGAUGAAAUUGUUUUGUUCUACAUACGAAUGGCCACCUGCAAUCAGAUAUUUGACCCCUGGAUAUACAUCAUGUGUCAAGUGUCACAACUAAGGUCUUUAUUGCACAAACUGUGCUGUCCGGAGGUCCCUUCCGGAUCAGAGACCUCCUCCUAUGGAUACGCUUCGCCACCUGGAACCAGAUCCUCGAUCCGUGGGUAUACAUCCUGUUUCGACGGGCAGUUCUUAAGCGAAUCUACCCCCGUUUCGACUGGUCUCGCGGGUCCAUCAUGAACUCGUCGUUCAGCAACACUGUCCGGAGGUUCACACGCUCUUCACUUGGGAGCAGCGUGGGUCCAGAUGAAACGGGAGAGAGGCGGAAAUCAAAUGUAACCCCUCCAUCUACACUGAAGCCACCACCUCCUUCUCAGUGACUGUUUGGAUUUGAGUUGUUGCCGCAGGCCGAGUGACAUCAUUGGGGUCACAGAAUGUGUUUGACUGUGUUUUCAAGCUCUGGUGAGUUUUAACUGUGGCCAGGAUACGAAGCAGGAUUGCACCAAUCGAGUCUUGUUAUUUUAUUGCAUAUCUUUAAAAUGUUUAGCAGUAUUAACAAUGUCACUUUAAUUUAGAGCAAAGUAUGAAGACGGAACGGGCUGAUUGGACACACGGAUCAAACCUGUAAUCUAUAGAUAAAAUACAUUCUCUGUAACCACUAUACAGAGCACUGCAGUCAUCUAAACAGAUUUAAAGCUGCCUAGAUGCACUGCUCUUUCUACAUGUACUGCUCCAUCAAAUGCUUUUAUGAUAUUUCAGUUUUAAAUGUUUUUUCACAGUGGAUAGGGGCAUUCUGUGGCCAUUCAGAAACCCUGUCUCCUACAAAAUGAUGUUCCAAUACAACUAAACUACAUUCUCAAUUAGGUAAUUAUUAAUAGAGGGAAACUUAUUUUCUUAUUACGGUCACAGUUUUACACAGUUUUAAACAUGUGAUUGACAUUGUAAAUUGAAACAAUACAAAAAACACAACACUACAUGGUUAGUUUUCGUAAAAAAACAUAAUGGUAUGACUUUUUUUGUUAUACUUUAUUUAAAAUUAGUGAAUGUUUUGCUUGCUAUUACACCAUAUAACUUUUAAUAAUGUUAUUAUAUCCACGGGUGUAUAAUAAGACCUGGAUAUGGUGCUGCCGAUCAGCCUUGCAUAGAAUUUUUUCCAGUGGCCACUCGCGGUAUUGAAGCAAAGUCUCCCUCUGCGGCCCAAAAGGCCUUUACCCCAUAGACCAUCACAGUAAUAGGGACGUCUGUAAAACUGUUGACAGGACACCUCAAACUGCAAACAAGGUCGAUUAUGACUCUUUCUACUAUGAAUUUUUGAUCCAUGGAGGUUUUAUAUUUGUAAAACUUUCCUCGAGCUGAGAAAAGACAUUUUAAAAUAUGUGACAUCAUCACAAUGUAAAGUUUAUGGGCUGAGCAGGAACUCAUGGGCUGGACCAGCGGGAGAAACACUACUGCACAUAUUCAGUUGGCCGCAUACCCCAGAAGAAAACCAAGGCUUAUUGAAAGAGGUUGGGACACGGUCUUGGGCGGUCUUGGGCGGUCUUAAGGUAUAUGACACAUGCACAGGGUAAAUGGAUGCAGCGUUGCGAUUGGCUCAAUUUCGGCAAGUGCAGAACAGAUUUUACUGCGCAUGUGUUGUAGGCAGCAUCUUGGGGUCCGCUAUCCAGUUAUUAUAAUAAAUCCAUGAUUGUACCACGUAACUUUCAUUAACGGUCACACGAUAUACUACAUCACCUGCUCUGUGCGUCGUUUGUUGUGCUACGUCACUUGCUGCGGCUUUCCACAGACUAUCAAUACAAAUGUAUUUGUGAUACGUCAAAGACUAAAGUAAUAAAGCAAAAUAUGUUUUCCUCCAAACGUAAGUGAGAAUGUAGUUAAGUUAUUUGGGGAAGUCAUCUUUAGGAGACAUUGAUUGCUUUAAUGUGAUUCUUCAUUUUGGUCGGACAUUAUGCCUUUUAAGCUCAUGUACACUUUGCUCAGAUGCUCUUUAGUGUCACAUUAUAUACUCAGGAAGAAUCAUUUUAUUGUAUUUUUAGGCUCAUGCUAAGAUGUACUUUUCAUGUAUUGUUCCCUUUCUGAAAGUACCCUGAAAAUGUUUGGAGAAGGCUUUGAAUGUUGAAGUAACAGUAACAGUGUAAUAGUUGAUCUUGUGGUGCUUAAAAGUGGAGAUGCUUAGACUAAACUGAAACAUAUAGCUUACACUGCCAGAGGCUUCCAAACACUUUCCAUUUCAACAGUUUAUACGUGACAAGGCAUGUGUUUUCAAUGUGUUAAAUGUUUUGAUGAUGCAUGCAAAUCGAACCAAACUUUCCAGAUCUUGAAAUGAUCAGUUAUGAACUUUUCCAGAUUCCCUGAAUGGGAUCCUCUGGUUCAGCCCUCAUGGUUGUCAUUAAUGAACACAUCCAGGUUUGGCAGAAGAAGAAAAAAGAGAAAAUAAAGUGGAUGCCAAUGAGAAUGUGAUUAUUAUAACAAAUUAAAUAUGUACACAGAUCCUGAAAAUGCAAAACUUAUGUUGCCAAUGCUAGAACAAUCUUUCCCACUGUCAACUUCAGAAAUGCAUCAAAAAAUGUAACAGUAAAAGUCAUUUGAGAUGUAUUUCUGCAUGAAAGGUUAUAUUUAUGUAAAUAGUUUGAAAUCCCUAUCUGCUGAAUAAAAACAAUGCCUGACAUUAGCUAUUCAGUAUUACAGAUGUAAAGAGCUGAGAAAGUGUAAUUGUAAAAUGAAGAUUUGACUUGCCUAUCUUUGACAGUGUUAUAUAAAUAUAUCAUAUUACUUGAU